CUCACUCUCCUUCACUUGUGAAAGCAAGUUGCACACACAGAGAGAAAGAAAACUCAGUUUCUACGUGCGUGGAUGACUGCUUGAAAACCGAACAAGUACCAACGCCUGCGUGUGCACUGCAUAGAACAAACAGCAACGCCGAUACAAAGGACGUAUUCUUUCUCAGUCUAAAUAUGCCUUUUCCACCGAUCAAUCUGCAUCAACGCAUGGCUUCUCCGGGAAAGGAGCUUUUUAAGAAAAUGAAAUCCAACAUAACCCCGCUUCAAAUCAAAGCUCAGGAGAAGAAUACAGAAAAGCAAAGUUUUGCAAGCUCCAUCAAACAGCUGGGGCGCAAACCUCAACCGAGAAGCAAUCUGACACAGAGAGGUGGCUCAAAUCUGGCAUUGGGAGCGCCGAAGAGCUACCGGCUCGCUCUUGCUGAGAAGCUGUCUAAUUCCUUUGACAGCAUGCCUGCUUCCAGCGGGUCUGCUGGUACUCGGAAGGACAGCAGCGUUUCCUCUCAGGACGAAGCGGACGAAGUGAUGCAUUUUUCCCUUAGUCUGACUCCUGAAGCCAUUCUUGUCAUCCAGAAGCGUAAUUUGGAAAAGCAGCUGUUGGCGAGGCAGCAGAAAAGCACCUUCCCUUCGGAUUUCAGACACAAGCAGAUCUUUCCAGGCAAAAUAAAGCAAGUUUUCAAAAACAACUCCGUCGCCAGAUCGCGUGACCCCGAUGACAUAAAGACCAUUGUAAAAAUCUCUUUGCUGAAUGAUCGGUAUAAAUAUGACGAUGUCGAGUACGAGGAGGAGGACAGUGAUGUGGAUGAAACAGUGAUGUGGAAAUGCAGAGAGUGGCUUGAAGGAGUGGAAAGCGCCGCUGCCUUAGAAAAAGUGGACAAGCUGGCAACAUUGCCUCAUCUAAGUACUUGCUAGCAACCAGCUGCCUUCCAAGACAUUUUACAUUUCCACCACGCAAAUGAAAGUGUGUGUGAAGAUUCCUGGAAAUGCCUGCUUCGGUGCUCUUGGAAGAAUCCACUCUGGAAAGACGUUUUCAUGUAACAGAUCCCAAUGGAUCUUUGAACAAAAUAACAGAAAGACAAAGACAUGGAACAAAAUGGCUUUGAUGAGCAUCCUGCCACAUUCCCAUUCAGGCCAUGGCUUGUGGAAUCACUGCAGCGAUUGUGUAACACGGAACAUUGUACAAAGUGCACAUAUAUCACGUUGUAUGUAAUUACAGUUUUAAGUGAUGUACAUAUUAUUUAUUAUCAAAUACAAUAAUGUUUUCUUAAGUUGUGUCUUUGCCAUUUUUACGCUGUUUUGUAAAGUGUAGUUUAUACAGAAUAACAUUGUUUAAAAUCCACACUUGGUGUUGUCAACUUGUCUGGCAUCAUACAGGUAUUGAAACAGAAAUGUUGGAAGAUUGUCUGUCUAUCUAUCUAGAUAUACAUAUAGAUAUACUGUAUAUGCAUAGCUACCAAUUACAUUUUUUACCUCUAUUGUUCAUAAAGAAAAAUCAAUAAAGCGUAUAUCAUUUUCGUA